CGCAAAACUUUUUUGGAUGCGAUCGAGAGUGCUGAUAAGGCUGAUGAAGAUUUUGAUAUUAUUGUUGUUAGUGUUAGUGUUAGUCAUGAUGAUGAUGAUGAUGAUGAAGAAGAAGCUCCAGUCAAGCCUUGAAAGUGGCGAUUAGUUGAGCGUAAAUGGGUCAAGAAUGAUACUUUGUGCUCAAGUUUGAUCAGAUCGUUCACCUGCCGGCCUGGUCUGACGCCCAUGCGUCUAUGUCGAAACGGGCAGAUGGUCCACUGCCGGUGGUAUGAGUGUGGCGCGAAAGUGUGCCAUGCAAGUGAAGCAGGUUGUCGCGGCUGA